CUCCCGAACAUGCUGAAUGAAUGUGACAAAUACGGCCACAAGCUAAAUAUUGCUGUUAAAACAAACGCUUCACUGCCUACAGCAUCGCUUCACUGACGCUCAGCUACUCACUUCUACGCUACUCUCCUGCGACAUGGAUCUGCAAUCUGCUCUUCCGUGCUCCUCGAUUUUCCACGAACUACAAACUGUUCAUGACACAGGCUUUUUCUACUCGCUUCCAUCGCUUGAAGACGAUUGGGCACAGACAAGACUAGAAAUGGAUCGUUAUCUUUGCCCUGAACCAUCAUCUUUGGAUAGUAAAGACUCCAACUUAGGGAAUCCAGCUCCCUGGAACGAAUUUUUACUUCAACCUUUUGACGAGUCAAAUUUUCCAUUUGGCGACGACUGGGAUAUCAAACCGAUAGAUUUCACUUCAAUAGCUACCUUUCCCUCAGUGCCAACAGUUCUUCCAGAAACUCCAACGGAAACUAAACCAGCUAUGGAGCUCCCAGUAAAACCUCUAAAGAUCAAAUUACCGACCCCGACGGGCUGCGAAGAGAUUAGCAAAAUUCCUAAGCCUGUUUUACCGCUAACUCCACCGAGCUCACCUGAGUCGCCUGUCGUUGUGUUUAAUAGCCCGAACCAGCAGAGAACAGGCAGGCCAAGUGCGCGCUCCCCUCGCGCGAGGGGAGGAAAUGGAGGUGCUAGAGCAAACAGCCCCAAGGACAAAGACUCAGAGAGCAAACGGCGAGUGCAUCGAUGUCAAUUUAGUGGUUGUCGUAAAGUUUACACGAAGAGCUCGCAUCUGAAAGCUCAUCAACGUACUCAUACGGGAGAAAAGCCGUACCGUUGUUCUUGGGAUGGAUGCAACUGGCGUUUCGCUCGCUCGGAUGAGCUUACUCGCCAUUACAGAAAACAUACUGGAGCCAAACCGUUCAAAUGUGUUCAUUGUGAUAGGUGCUUUUCACGAUCAGACCAUCUAGCUCUACACAUGAAGAGACACGCAUAGGAAAGAUAGGUAGAAAAUUAUUCUAGGAAAAAUGAAUUUUGCAAUUUAGAAUUCAUCGCGCUCGGGUCUUCAUUCAAACGAAUUUGAAUUGCCAUCAAUAAUUCAAGAGCAAAACCCCAGGUGUGCGAAGUAGGUACCGCAAGUUGGUACGAGAUAUUCACGGAAACAUGUGAAUUCUUUACAAGUCUUACGCAAAGAAGCGAUAGUAAAGCGAGUUGGGAUAAAUGUGACAGUGAAAGUCAUCCAGAGGAGUAGUAUUAUGGAAUAAGUUUACUCAUUUGGGCGCCAAAAGAAGCGGAUAGAACAUGUAUUAGCAUAAAAUCCUGCGGAAAUGAAGCAGUGAAUAGAGGCAACUCCGAUGGGAAUAUUAUUCAAUUCAGGGACAGACCAUGUAUUAUUCUCAAAAUGAAAUUCAACACAGGAACUUCACAAAAUACGUCGCUUCAAGAGAAAAUAAAAACACUAGGAAAUAUUCGUUCGCGCAAAAUAAGAAUAAGCCUCGGGGUAUGUAAUACCGAUGUAAACAAAAUUAGUCAUUCGUUCAUGUUGUACUAUGCAGGCUUAAUUCAAGUUAAAAACAUCAAAAGAAAAAGGAAAAAACUAAUAAGAACUUAAACGGACUAAGUCUAUGAUGUAAAUAUAUAAUUUUGGCAUCUCUGUAUCACGAAGACAGAAGAAAUUAGUGUACAGAUAUAUUAAAAUUGAAAGGAAACGUUCUUGAUUUUGUCAAGUGUGUUUUCAGAGCUAGUGGCGAGACCAAUUUCAUUUUUAUUGUUACAAGUCGAGCCAGAUGUUUUUACGUCUAAAAUCAUUCUCUUAUACAUUGUUUAUUGAAAGAAAAGCGCUUUCUCUUUCCUGACGGCGUAGAUAAGCUUGGAUAUGUGUUGCAGUGUAAUCUUUGUUUAUGUGACAUUUCGUUGUCGUAUUGGCUUUAGCUGCUUUGGCGUAUCACUACAUUUAAAUGCGAAAAGUAAUCCGGCUUUUACAAUAUCAGACCUUGCUGUCUUGUUCUGGCAACGAAUUUAAUUUAGAGCUAGUACAUUUUAAUAAUAGCAGAGCAUUAAUUGCUGGCUUAAAGGGUUUCACACUUUUCUGACAGCAGAAAGUGUUUAUCAAAUUUACAUACUUAUUUACUUUGACCGAUAGUGUGGAAACUUGCCUUCUGAGCCGACGAGACUUCGACGAGAAAUUGGCCUUGUGGUGUCGUCAAAAGAGUUCGCUUGGACAAAGGGGUUCGAUUUAUUUAUCAAUUCUAUGAAACCACAAACGUAGUUCGAUUAUUUUCCCUGAAAAGAAAAGGUAAAAAAAAAAAACGCCUGCUACUGAGAUCAAAUUGGAAAUGAUAUCAAUUUUGUCGAUAAUUUUUUUGGCAAUGACUAUUUUUUGGAACUGAGCACGUUUUUCGCGCCGCGUCCUUUCUGUCCAUCGAACGAGACAAAGUAACUAAUUUAAAAUGUGGGCAGCUGGACGUAAUCAUUAAACUUUAAAGAUUAAA